UUGUGGGUGAUGAAUGGUUUUUUUGUUAUAAGAAACUUACUAUAACUGAGACCUUCCACCUCUUGGGUGAUGUUCAUUUUGGCUUUUGGUGCAAGAUAGCUAAAUAGCUGAAGUGCUAGUAAACAUUUGGCUACUAAACCAAACCAUCUUGUUAAUUUAAUGCCCCUCUAGAAAAUCCCAGCCUGAUUUUCAAAUUAUUUGUCUGUCCAGCAGUCAGCAUUCCUAGAAUUCUACAAUCCACAUAAUUUCAUUGCAGUCUGCACUCUGCAGACAUGGCAGACCAUGAAAUGGACAGUCAACUUACAAAUCAGGAAACCAAGAAUGUCACUGCCCUGGAGGGACUGGAGUUCAAGAAACGGAAAGUGCAAGCGAGAUCUGAUGCUGCAGGCUCCUCUGCGCACUACUCUGCAGGCACUCCAGCCUACCCUUCUGCAGACACCCUGGCAGAUCCUGCACCUUGCUCUUCUGCAGACACCCUGGCAGAUCCUGCACCUUGCUCUUCUGCAGAUUCUGUAGCAGACCCUACAGCGUACCCCUCUACAGACGCCUCAGCAGAACCCCCAUCCCGACACAUCCUAUCACUCCCCAAUGAAGUCCUCUUGGCCAUCUUCUCCUUCCUCGACAUAACCAACCUGCCUUCAGUCCUUGAUGUCUGCUCGCGCUGGAGGGAAGUCAUAACCUCAAGCCGAAGUUGGCAGACGCUGGACUUCACAGCGGUGGAAGACUCUGGCCUUCACGUGAAGGUGGCCAUGGCCGUGGGACACCAGGCUCGGAGGGUGCUGGGGGCAGCGCCCCUGGGUAAGGUGGCAGAGCAGGUGCUGAGAAAUUGUCCAAAUCUGGUGGAACUCAGCAUGCCUGAUGCUAUCAUUGGGGUGAAUAUACUUGGGGACAUCAUCGCCAUGUGUCCGAUGAUAGAAAGCAUCAAGACAUGUGUUCAAGUACCCGGUGAUAACCCUGCUGAUACGCCUUCUUUGAUACGUGUUGUAGGCGAUGUUAACUUGGACUCAGAAGAAGCUAAUUAUAUUAGCACUGCAAGCAUUGUUAACAAUUUAAUGUGCAUUGAUAGUUUGUUGUAUUAUAGUUUUGAAACACGAAUAUUCUCUGUAGAUUGGUCGGUAAUUCAUGCAUCAUAUCGCUACAAUGCCAUAUUUAGCAUUUUACAAGAAUGUAGGGGCAGAUUCAGUUUGUUGUCUCUUGAGGCUAUCAUUAAGAAUGGUAAAUUUGGCUCACCAAAGUUACGGAAUACCGCUUGCAACAUCAAGGAUUUUAUAGGAGAUUUCAGUUUUGUUUUCCCAAGUGAAAAGUUCGCAAAAAUGCAAGCGAUGACCGACCAGACUAAAGUCAUAAUCAAGUACGGCUCCCCAUUGCUUGAGGACGUCUAGGUCUGCUGAAGCAGACCUUCGUCUGCUUCAACAAUACUAGUAAAACGGUCUUUGCAACAUACCAUAAGAUAUAUUGGCUCCCUGGAGUGAAGACUUCGGCAAUAAUACACAAGAAAAUAAUUCUAAAUGUGACGACUUUCUCGAUGUUGUUUUCAUUCCAGGCCACGCAGAUUAAAACUUAUGCGCGCAAGGGAAGUCAGUGAUCUGUUAGUUGAGGCUCAAUGGUUCCACUUCUAAUAAACUAUGCAAUAUU